AUGGCGGCCACCGAGAAAGACGAGGAGCUCAUCCAGAUCGCCAAAGGUCUCGAGCACAUCCCAUGGUGCGACGACUAUGAGCGAAUGAUAUCGGGCAUGCUAUAUAAAUCUUUCGCCCCCGAACUUGAAGCUUCCCGGUGGCGAGCCAGAAAGUGGUAUCAUCGGUACAACACUCAGUUUCCGGGGCUCGAUGACCCAAAUUCAACCAUGCAGCAGGGUGCCCAGGCGCGGUUUCAGAUGCUCAAAGAGAUCCUGGGCCGUGUGGGCGAGGACUCGUACAUUGAGCCUCCGUUCUAUUUGGACUACGGGUGCAAUGUCUUGCUCGGGGAGAGGUUUUACGCCGGCGUCAAUCUUACAAUCCUCGACUGCUCGAUCGUGACAAUUGGUGACCGCGUCAUGGUCGGGCCAUUCGUGAGCAUUUUCGCGGCGACGCACGAGGUCGACGUCGCUUCACGUCGGGAGAACGUCGAGUUUGCGCGAACGGUCACGAUCGGCGAUGACUGCUGGAUCGGUGGGCAGACUGUCAUUUUACCUGGCGUGACGAUAGGGAAAGGGUGUACGAUCGGCGCCGGCAGCGUCGUGACUCGAGAUAUCCCGGACUGGAGCGUGGCUAUAGGGUCUCCGGCGAAGGUCGUCAAGACGGUCACGGCGCUGGAAGAUAUGAAAGAUGAGAGAGCGAGUUUUGCGGCGAAAUAG